UGCCACCGGAAAAACAAUCUGCUCCUUCUCGCAAAUUCCUACAUAACAGCUGCACUGCAAUUAAGCGAAGAGGGCAAUAUUUACUAUUAAGUAAUUAAACGCGGGAUUUGCGGAUCUUCAUCAAAGAAAUAAGCGUAAUUGGACACCCGAGAAAAUGUCACACACAAUCCUGCUCGUCCAGCCCACAAAGAGGCCAGAGGGUCGCACAUACGCUGACUAUGAGUCCGUGAACGAGUGCAUGGAGGGAGUGUGUAAGAUGUACGAGGAGCACCUGAAGAGAAUGAACCCAAACAGCCCCUCCAUCACCUAUGACAUCAGCCAGCUGUUUGACUUCAUUGAUGACUUGGCAGACCUGAGUUGUCUAGUUUACCGUGGAGACACUCAGACGUACCAACCGUACAACAAGGACUGGAUCAAGGAGAAGAUCUAUGUGCUGCUGCGCAGGCAGGCCCAGCAGGCUGGGAAGUAAAUGCUGCCCACUCUUCACAGAUCCAGGAUCAGUCACCCCUGUCCACACUCUGACUGUAACUGCUCAGAGGUAGAAGACCCACCUGAUCUGAGACCUGUGCAUAGAGUUGACAUGAGCCUGGAACCUGGGGGAGGGAAGGGACUAUUGAAAGGGAGGUUGCAGACAUCUGGGGCAGACACACCUGUGAUUUUAUUCCUUGUGGGGAUGCUUGAUGGUGAUUGAAGGACUUAUUUAUUGGUGAAGAUUUGAAGAGGGAUAAAGAAGCCAAAAUGAGACAAGCAUUUUGUCAGAGCCCUUUUUUUCAUUUUGUUUUUUUUGAUAGAAAGGGAGGGUUGUGGGUAUGUUUUUUUUAUACUUGUUGGGUUUAAACAUAGAUACAAAAUGUGUUUGCUUAUUUUGAAACAUGACAAAUGUCCAUUGACUGAAAUUCCUGAUUAUUUAUACGGUUUGAAUUGAGUAAUGUCAGUAGUUUUAUUUUCAAUUUUUGCAGCACUGUAAACACUAUCUUUAUUUGAGGGUCUUUGAAAUGCUUGUUUUGUAAACUUUAUAUGGUUUUAUUUCAAUGUCUAUUGUCCGUGUUCCCCUUGAUCCAUCUGUAUUUUAUCUGAUUUAAAUAAAAUGAAAACGAUUGUU